UUGGCACCGGCCGUCCCAGGCAGAGCACCGCGGUGAUUCGUUCUCCUGGUGGAGAGAGCUGGAAGGAAGGAGUCGGCGCGCAAAUAAUGAAGGAGCACGGGGCCACCUUCAGUAGCUCCGGGAUCAGCGGCGGCAGCGGGGACUCGGCUAUGCACAGCCUGCAGCCGCUCCAGCCUAACUACAUGCCUGUGUGUUUGUUUGCAGAAGAAUCUUAUCAAAAAUUAGCAAUGGAGACGCUGGAGGAAUUGGACUGGUGCUUAGACCAGCUAGAGACCAUCCAGACCUACCGCUCUGUCAGUGAGAUGGCUUCGAACAAGUUCAAAAGAAUGCUGAACCGGGAGCUGACACACCUUUCAGAGAUGAGCCGAUCAGGGAACCAGGUUUCUGAAUACAUUUCAAAUACUUUCUUAGACAAGCAGAAUGAUGUGGAGAUUCCAUCUCCUACCCAGAAAGACCGAGAGAAGAAGAAAAAGCAACAGCUCAUGACACAGAUAAGCGGUGUGAAAAAACUAAUGCAUAGUUCAAGCUUGAACAAUACAAGCAUCUCACGCUUUGGAGUCAACACGGAAAACGAAGAUCAUCUGGCCAAGGAGCUGGAAGACCUGAACAAAUGGGGCCUUAACAUCUUCAAUGUGGCUGGAUAUUCACACAAUAGGCCCCUCACAUGCAUCAUGUAUGCCAUAUUCCAGGAAAGAGACCUCCUAAAGACAUUCAAAAUCUCAUCUGAUACAUUUGUAACCUACAUGAUGACUUUAGAAGACCAUUACCAUUCUGAUGUGGCAUAUCAUAACAGCCUACACGCUGCUGAUGUAGCCCAGUCAACCCAUGUUCUUCUUUCUACGCCAGCAUUAGAUGCCGUCUUCACCGAUUUGGAAAUUCUGGCCGCCAUUUUUGCAGCUGCUAUCCAUGACGUCGAUCACCCUGGAGUCUCCAACCAGUUUCUCAUCAACACAAAUUCAGAACUCGCUUUGAUGUAUAAUGAUGAAUCUGUGUUGGAAAACCAUCACCUUGCUGUGGGUUUCAAACUGCUGCAGGAAGAACACUGUGACAUCUUCCAGAAUCUCAGCAAGAAGCAACGCCAGACGCUCAGGAAAAUGGUUAUCGACAUGGUGUUAGCAACGGAUAUGUCCAAACAUAUGAGUCUGCUGGCAGAUCUGAAGACAAUGGUAGAAACAAAGAAAGUUACAAGUUCAGGUGUUCUUCUCCUGGACAACUACACGGAUCGUAUACAGGUCCUUCGCAACAUGGUACACUGUGCAGACCUGAGCAACCCCACCAAGUCCUUGGAAUUGUAUCGGCAGUGGACAGACCGCAUCAUGGAGGAAUUUUUCCAGCAGGGCGACAAAGAGCGGGAGAGGGGAAUGGAGAUUAGCCCAAUGUGCGACAAGCACACGGCUUCUGUGGAAAAAUCCCAGGUUGGUUUCAUUGACUACAUCGUGCAUCCACUGUGGGAGACCUGGGCAGAUCUGGUGCAGCCUGACGCCCAGGACAUUCUGGAUACAUUAGAAGAUAACAGGAACUGGUAUCAGAGCAUGAUACCCCAGAGUCCCUCCCCACCGCUGGACGAGCAGAACAGAGACUGUCAAGGUCUGAUGGAGAAGUUUCAGUUUGAACUGACCCUUGAAGAGGAGGAUUCCGAAGGCCCUGACAAAGAGGGAGAGGGUCACAAUUAUUUCAGCAGCACAAAGACACUUUGUGUGAUUGACCCUGACCAUAGGGAUUCGCUAGGAGAGACUGAUGGAGACACUGGGGCAGAAGACAAGUCCCCGACUGACACAUAAUUGCCUUCUCCGUGUGGAGAUGAACAUUCCACCUUUACCAAGCAUGCCAGCUGGACAGUAGGGCCAGCCCAUCAUGGGGGCGUAGGCCUGCACGGGACAAGGGCCAUGUGGCCUUUCCAGUUACUUGAGUUGGGAGCCAGAAUGCGAGACCAUGAAGCAAACAGCAGUUCAGAAAAUCCCACGGUUGACUUGCCUUGUUUGCAAGCUUAGUGGAGAGCUGAAGCUUUAUCUGGUACUGGAGGCCAAGGUCAGAUCCUGAGUAAAUGGCUUGAAAAUGGAAGACACAAAACUGAGAGAUUUUUUUCUGCACUAAAUUUUGGGAAUCUGUCCCCCCUAGUGACUGAACUGACUGAUUAAUAACUUCAUUUAUGAACCUGCUCACCUGUCCCCUUGUCUGCCAACCUGUGUGCCUUUUUUGUAAAACAUUUUCACGUCUUUAAAAUGCCUGUUGAAUACCUAGAGUUUAGUAUCAACUUCUACACAGAUAAGCGUUCAAAGUUGACAUAAACUUUUUUGACUCUUUCUGGGGGAAAAAAAAGGAAAGAAAAUGGUCUUCCUUCUUUCUUGGGCAAUAUCUUUCACUUUACUACAGUUACUUUUGCAAAUAGAAAGGAUACGCUUCUAACCACAUUCUACUUCCUUCCCCUAUGGUCCCAUCCAGCUUCACAGUUGCCCGUAUAACUUAUCUCUGUCUGCCUGCUUACAGCAGUAUUUUUUUUCUCCUCUUAGAACUUCACUUUUUGUGCUGCAAACAGAAUAAAAGUGAACAAACUAAGAGGUAGGAAGGGGUAGUCAUGUCAUUCCCAAUAACAGUCUGUGUAAAAUUCAGCUCGAUGAGGCAGUGCGCCAUGUUGUGUCCCGUAGCCCUGAGCCACUGGGCCCCGCACACACACCCCAUCCUGUCCCCUCCCCCCUCGUUCUCUACCCAGUGACACACCGUUUCCAAUUCGAUGCUGCCGUCUUUCUCUUGAACUGCCUUCUGCGCUAACACCUCCAUUUCUGUUUAUAACAGUAUAUUUAUUACUUCAUGUAUAUAAUGUAAUGUUUUGUAAGUUAUUAAUUUAUAUAUCUAACAUUGCCUGCCAAUGGUGGUGUUACAUUUGUGUAGAAAACUCUGCCUAAGAGUUGCGACUUUUCUUGUAACAUUUUGUAUGGUGUAUUAUAUAACCUGGAAAUCGCUUAAGAGAGACAUACGACCCCCUCCCCGGUGAGGACAUCUGUGGGCUUUUAUUCAGAAGGUCUGCCCUCUUCCCUGUCGGAGUUGCUCAUACUGCACAACCCCUUUGUGAACCAGUUUUGGAAAUAGGAUUCUCACAUUCGAUACUAAAUGGUUUAUACUGAGCUUUUACUUUUGUAUAGUUUGAUAGGGGUAGGGGGCAAGGGGAUGUAGUUUUCACCCAUGUUCUAUCCAAAUCUGUGUCCGCGUGAGUUGGGUUAUAACUGGGUUCUACUCUCAUUGUGGCUUUGGUUUAAACAGCAACACUACAUUUGCUCACAGACGGUUCUUCUAAGUGUUCCCAAACUACUGAUUUUGAAGCAAAAGCCUCCUGCCAGCCGUUAAGCAGGAAUGUCAUGUUCCAAUUAAUUACAAAAAAAAAACAACCAAACAAUAAAACAAUGUGAAUUUUAUAAUAAAAUGUGAACUGAUAUAGUAAAUUAUGCAAAUGUGAAGCUUCUGAUAACACUUGUUAGGCCUCUCAUUGGCUUCCGUCUCCCAUUUGUAAAAUAUAUUCCAAGCUUUCAGUUCAGCAUUGUAACUCACUAGUUAAAGAAAUGGCACAAAUGUGCAUGACCAAUGGGUUUGUAUGUCUAUUUACACUGCAUAUUUCAGGUGGACAUUUUAUUGUUUUCAAAAGUUUCUCACAAUGUAUGUUAUAGUAUUAUUAUUAUAUAUUGUGCUCAGAUGCAUUCGUAAGAGACUUUUAUAUGAAGUGAAUAAACAAAAGCAUGAUUAGAUUAGA